GAAUCGAUAGUAAAACAACGAAACACGCCGAAUCCCAAUCGCACUGACCCUCCGCUCAGAGCUUCAAGCUCUUUCAGCGCAGCUCAGUUCAGUUCAGCUCCCGAAAACCACUCAAUUCGUGUCCGGAUCUAUUACGCCUGCUCCUAUUCCAUUAACAAAUCCGAAUACUUCUCUCCCUUGAGAUCUCUGCCUCUCGAUUCUCGAAAAGUUCGCUUUUUUUCUCUUUUCUUUUUUGUUGAUCUCGGAGGCUCAUUUCCUUUUCUUGAUUGAUUCGUUCACACUUCCAUAGCGUGCUGUUUUCUCACAGCCUUUGAGUUUCAUUAUUACUGUUAUUAUAGUUUCCCUGCUCCUGGAUUUGGAUUCGUGGGAUCCAUGUCUGAUUCAAAGCCCGGUGUCUCCCUCUCGUCUCUCCGAGUAAAACUAGAAGCCCGGGUUUGAUUUUCGCACGGGAUAAUAAGAGGGAUUUUAGGGCCAUUUGGUUUACGUUUGAAUUUGAGUUUUCGGAAAACAAAGAGGAAAAAUGAGGAUGGCGAAGUCUCAGGUAUGGCAACCCUGCAAGAAGAAGAGGUCUUGAUCCGUAAGCUCUACAGGGAGCGGAAUUCAAUUCUAGAGAGAGAGAGAGAGAGAGAGAGAGAGAGGGCGGAGAAACUGAGGAAGUGACGGGUUUCGAUAGUGGAGUGGAGUAUUUUGAGGUUGGAGAGGGAGAAGAUGGCGUCGCGGUCCAACAAUAACAGCAGGACACGCGUGGGGAAGUAUGAGCUGGGUCGGACACUGGGCGCUGGAAAUUUCGCCAAGGUCAAGUUCGCUCGGAACGUCGAGACCGGAGAGAAUGUGGCAAUCAAGAUUCUCGACAAAGAAAAGGUUCUCAAGCACAAGAUGAUCGGCCAGAUUAAACGCGAAAUCUCAACAAUGAAACUGAUAAGACACCCAAAUGUUAUCCGUAUGUAUGAGGCGAUGGCUAGCAAGACAAAGAUAUACAUUGUUUUGGAAUUUGUGACUGGUGGGGAACUUUUUGACAAAAUUGCAAGUAAAGGGAGGUUGAAGGAAGAUGAAGCUAGAAAGUAUUUUCAGCAACUUAUUAAUGCUGUGGACUACUGUCAUAGCAGAGGCGUAUUUCAUAGAGACCUAAAGAAGAGAAAUAUGAUGUUAUCAUGGUUUGGCAUUUUGCAGCCAGAGAAUUUACUGCUGGAUGUUAAUGGAGUUCUUAAGGUUUCAGAUUUUGGAUUGAGUGCACUACCACAACAAGUUCGAGAAGAUGGGUUGCUCCAUACAACAUGUGGUACGCCAAAUUAUGUUGCUCCAGAGGUGAUCAACAACAAAGGCUAUGACGGAGCAAAGGCAGAUCUGUGGUCAUGCGGUGUGAUUCUUUUUGUCUUAAUGGCUGGCUAUUUACCUUUUGAAGAAUCCAACCUCGCAGCAUUAUAUAAAAAGAUAUUCAAGGCUGACUUCACAUGUCCCCCAUGGUUCUCCUCAAGUGCAAAGAAACUAAUUAAAAGAAUUCUGGACCCUAGUCCCUCAACACGGAUUACAAUUGCUGAGGUCAUUGAGAACGAGUGGUUUAAGAAAGGAUACAAGCCGCCUAGUUUUGAGGAUGCUGAUGUCAGUCUUGUCGAUGUGGAUGAUAUCUUCAAUGAAAUAGGAGAUUCCCGAGAGCUUGUUGUUGAGAAGCGGGAAGAAGGGCCCAUGGCACCUGUCACCAUGAAUGCGUUUGAGCUCAUCUCUACAUCUCAGGGCCUCAACCUCAGUAGUCUCUUUGAGAAGCAGAUGGGCUUUGUUAAAAGGGAAACAAGAUUCACAUCCAAAUCUCCUGCUAACGAGAUAAUCUCAAAAAUUGAGCAAGCUGCAAUGCCUCUUGGUUUCAAUGUAAAGAAAAGUAAUUUCAAGUUGAAGCUUCAUGGUGAAAAAACUGGACGUAAAGGUCAUUUAGCUGUGGCAACAGAGAUUUUUGAGGUGGCGCCUUCACUCUACAUGGUUGAGGUUCGCAAAUCUGGAGGAGAUACACUAGAAUUUCACAAGUUCUAUAAGAGUCUCACAGCUGGGCUGAAAGAUAUUGUCUGGAAAACUGAUGAUGAAGCAGAGGAAAGAAAAGAAGAUGAAGGUGUUGUGGCAUCCGCAUAAGGGGUUUCAUUUCGCAUUCACGUUGUGAUUGUUUUCCCUAUAUAAGCUUCCGGGUGAAAGAAAUUACUCGAAUUGAUAUAUUAUGGUUUGCAGUGUUGCAUCUUGAGUGUGUCGUCUCCACUUUGACCCUCUCAUUCUGAACUGUGUUCUUAAGACAGUGUGGAUGUUUCUUCUUUUUUCAAUUGGGUAUCAUAUCUCUCUUUUAUUUUUUGUGAAAAAAGUUGAUGUACCCAAUUGUGGUUGGGAUUGGAGUAUUAAGUUGGUAUUACUUCUCAGUUCUCAGUUUGGUGGUUGGUCCAAGGUCGGAAAUGUACGUUACUAUGUCUAAUUUAUUGUAUAAAAAAUUAUCUCUC